UUUUUCAUUCACCUUCAUAUUGUGUACAACUCUUGACGCGACAGGUGCUUGUGUUACACAAUGGCCUACUACCUUUUUAACAAGGACCCUAAGUUGAUGGAUCCCCUCGAACUUAAGGGUAAACUGCGUGAAGAAGUAUCCUUAUUAAAACUCGCUACACUGUUUGCGGUUGCACUUUUUCAAUUGUGCACAAUUUUCAAAGCCCAAGAUCAGCUCUUCGCUACCAGUUUUGCUGACAAUGAAAUUUUAACAGUGGUCAUUUCUUUCAUUUCUGGGGGUAUUACUUUCAUCUUCAAUGCACGAAUCUCAAUACUGAAGAAGGAAAAUUAUUGUGGUGUUAUAUUUUUGGCUUUCCUGUGCACGUUGAUAAGCAGCACAGUCUUAUCAGUUUGCCGCGGCUAUACUGGCGUUUUUACGCAAUCAAUCGCGCCAUUAUUGCAGUUUCUGCAACUACAGAAUCUGUUCCGUUAUAUGUUCGUUUGUGAAUAUGCGAUUCGAUGCAAAAAGGCCACUUGUGACGAAGAACAGAAAAAAAAUUAUUACUCGAUGGUUGAUGCUGAAGCCGAUGUCGCGGUUGUCUUCUUGUUGGACUGCUUUCUACGAGAAGUGCCCCAGAAAGUCGUUCAUGUGGUCCGACUUUUGCAAGGGCACAUUGACAUCACGACCAUUUUGUGUUUGGACCAAAUUCCUUUUAUCAUAUCUCUGGCUCUACAAUCCUGGACAAUUACGUCCUAUCACAAAAACAUUAAAAACCAACAGAGCAACGCCAUUUCGUACCAAACCAUGGCCGUUUAUUUCCUAUGGAAUUUGUGCGUUUUACUUCCAAGGAUUAUUUGCAUUGGGGCCGCAAUUUCUUUAUCGUUUUUCUACACAAGCAUUGCCAUAACAAUUCACUGGAUUGCCUACACGUUUUGGCUUUAUGGAGAUAUUAAACCUUUAAAGUUUUACAACGAAAGUCGAAUUUGGCACUUUUUGUUUUGCUCAGUUUUUGGUGUCGUCUAUCUUUUUAAACCAGUGAACUUGCAAAGAGAGACGAUGCGAAAUGUUUAUGUUUGCUUCUAUGCGAUUUCUUUCGUAGAGAAUACAAGUGCCUUAACCGUGUGGUUCAUAAGCGACAGUUACUCAAGUUUAAACUGUAAGAUUUUGUUUACUGUGACGACUACAGUUGUUUUUAUUCUUGGAAUUCUUAUCAUGAUUUUGUAUUAUAAAACAUUUGAACAAAAAAUCGGAAAGACAGAAGAAGAGAAUGAUAUUGAGAUAUGCAUAGUUUAGUAUCUGUUCAUUUAAUUUUUAUUAGUAUUUAUUUAGAGUAUUUUAUUUAGUCUUGUAGUGUACUUAGUUUUAGUUUUAGUGUUUUUACUGUUUUUUUUUUUAAUAAACAUAUUAAAAAAAUGGUUUUAUUCCCA